GCUAGGUAGCUAGAGCUAGGCAGCUUUAUGAUGAUUGAGAAAGUGGAUGAAACUGAAAAAGAGAAAACUAAGAGGACAGAAUGGUGCUGCUUCAAGUGCCACGUCAGUAACCGAAACACAAAUGGGCCCCACUGCCCAACCAUAUUCCUGGCUUCCUGAACAAAUAAUGACCGUAUUCUGAUUCUCACUCUAACUGAAGGUAUAGAAUAGCGAGCGUGAGCGGAUAUGCGAAUGGUGAUUGAGGAUGUCGAUAUAUCACCGGCAAGAGCGGCGGAUGUGGUCACGGAGACGGUUGCGAGCAAAGCGGAGCAGGCGGCAGGGCUGGGAAUUCUGCUGCAGAUCAUGAUGCUGGUGCUGGCCUUCGUGCUUGGCCAUGUCCUCCGCCGCAAGAAGAUUUACGUGGUUCCGGAGGCCAGCGCCUCCCUCCUCAUCGGCCUGCUUGUCGGCGUCCUCGCCAACAUCUCCCACACUCAGACCAGCAUCAGAGCCUGGUUCAAUUUCCACGAGGAGUUCUUCUUCCUCUUCUUGCUCCCUCCCAUAAUAUUUCAGUCUGGUUUCAGCCUCGCACCGCAACCUUUCUUCUCUAAUUUUGGAGCCAUUAUCACCUUUGCUAUAUUCGGUACCUUUCUAGCUUCUGUUGUAACUGGUGUCCUUGUUUUCCUUGGUGGAUUUAUACACCUCGUGUACGGACUACCUUUCGUUGAGUGCCUAAUGUUUGGUGCUCUUAUCUCUGCAACUGAUCCAGUUACCGUUCUCUCCAUAUUUCAGGAGCUUGGCACUGAUGUCAAUUUGUAUGCCCUGGUUUUUGGAGAGUCUGUUCUGAAUGAUGCUAUGGCUAUUUCAUUGUACAGAACAAUGUCACUGGUUAAAACUCAUCCAUCUGGACAGAACUUAUUCAUGGUGGUUGUUAGAUUCUUGGAGACUUUUGUUGGGUCGAUGUCUGCUGGUGGUGUAGUUGGAUUCAUAUCUGCUUUACUAUUUAAGUAUGCAGGAUUGAGUAUUGACAGCCUUCAGAACUUGGAGAGCUGUCUUUUUGUACUUUUCCCAUAUUUCUCGUACAUGCUUGCAGAAGGUCUUGGCUUGUCUGGUAUUGUAUCAAUAUUGUUCACGGGAAUGGUCAUGAAGCACUACACGUAUUCAAACUUGUCUAGAAGUUCUCAGAGAUUUGUCUCUUCUUUCUUCGAGUUAAUAUCAUCAUUAGCAGAGACAUUUGUAUUUAUAUACAUGGGGAUUGAUAUUGCCAUGGAGAAACAUAGCUGGUCACAUGUUGGAUUUAUUUGCUUCUCAGUUAUAUCCAUUGGAAUUGCAAGGGCGGCCAAUGUCUUUUGUUGCGCAUAUCUGAUCAACUUAGUCAGACCUCAACAGCAAAAGAUACCACCAAAGCACCAGAAAGCACUAUGGUAUAGUGGACUUCGAGGAGCAAUGGCCUUUGCCCUUGCUCUACAAUCAGUUCAUGAUCUUCCUGAAGGACAUGGGCAGACCAUAUUCACUGCAACUACAGCAAUUGUCAUGUUGACGGUAUUGCUGAUUGGUGGUUCAACAGGUACCAUGCUGGAAGCUUUAGAAGUUGUAGGUGGUGAAAUUAAUAGCAAGGAGAGCCCUUUGCCUUCAGGUGAGAUCACAAAGUUUGAGGAAAGCAAUGGCAGCUAUGUUUCUCCUCAGAAGGAAGAAUUAUCACCAGGGAGCAAAAUCAAGUUGAAGCUUCGAGAAUUAAACAGUGCUGCAUCUUUUAAAGGGAUUUGUGUACUUCCACAAUUUUGA